CAGUGAGAAAUGGGCGGGUUUACAAUAAGUACCAUGCAGCCACGCGGAUCACCGUCCAUAUAUUAUUAGACUUAAUCUCCACCGUCAUUCAAGGCCUUGCUCCUUCUCCACGGGUCUCUCCACCUUCUUCCCUCCUCCCCGCCAUUCUCCAAUCCUCUCACUCUUCUAUCCCCUCGUGGCGAUCGGAUGGCGGCUACGCAAGUGACAACGUUUGUCGUCUUCAAUUGACUCAAAGAAGAAAUGGUAUGCUGGGAUUUCGAGGGAUCAUUGGUUGUCGGCUGGGAUCUCCUUCUCCCCAUUCCGAUCCCAGUCUCCACCUCCGUCAGCCAAGACGAUGGCCGACCUUCUCCCUCUCCUCCCGGCAUUUCUCUGAUCUCACACGACGUUUGGAUGGAGGCUAGGCAAGUUCACGAACCUUUGUCGUCUUCAAUUGAAUCAAAGAAGAAGGGGGAAGGUGAGAUUUUUAGGGAUCGAUCACCGAAGAAAUUGGCUGAGAUCCCCUUCUGCCCACUCCGAUCCAUUUCUCCACCUUAGUCAGCCAAGACGAUGGCAAUUGGGUCCUAAAAUCUCCCCUUCUCAUUCCAUUCCGCGCUGUACCUCAAUUUAUUCCCCCAUGUCUCAUUUUGUUCCGCCGUCCCCACCUCAGUUGAUUCCCCCAUGUCUUAUUUAUAUAAACCUAUAGACCAGUUGAAGCCAAUGGUGGCGAUUUGGGAGAUGAACGUCUUCAUUAGUUAGCCAAGAGUAGAAGAGAAAGAGAAAUCGGUAAUGUCAAAUCCCACACUUGAGAAUUGUUUUUCCACUCAAUCUGAAUUCUUUGUGAAUUGCUUUACUUGGGCCUUUCUGGCAUAACCAUCUUCCAUUUUGAUGAAUUAUUAGUUAUUUAGUUGUUACAAUUUGAUUGUGCUUGGUGAGAUUCCAUCAACAUUAGUGUCACAGCUGCUAUCAAGAAAAUCAUUUUGAUAGUUCAUGGCCUUGGUUCUGUAGUUUCUUUGACAAUAAUGUGUGAGUUCAUUUGAUUUUGUUUGAUCAAGAAGGCAUAGCUUUACUUUAGCAAAAUCAUUUUGAUAGUUCAUCGCCUUGGUUCUGUAGUUUCUUUGACAAUAAUGUGUGAGUUCAUUUGAUUUUGUUUGAUCAAGAAGGCAUAGCUUUACUUUGGAAAAUCCCCAGAUGGCGCAAAGGUAGUUUGAAUUAAUUCAAACGAUGAGGUAGCCAGAUGGUGCAGUUAAGGGAUUCUAAAGCGUGUUUUUAGGCUGCAAUUUUAAGUACCAGCUUGCCAUUUUUUCAAUUUGAUUGUUGUGCUUUGGACUUCUUCCUUUAGCUUUGCCUCUCCUAUUUUGUAAGCCAUUUGUCUGUUGAUUUCGAAAGGCACUCUUGAUGUUCCUUGGGUUGUAUGAUAGGCUAACUUUUGGUUUUACAAGUUCCAUAAUUCCAAGAUUAUACUACUUGAAUAGAUCGAGAUUGAUAGCCAUAUGGUGAUCAUAACUCAAUAAAUCAGCAAAUUGUAUAUGUUUACAUUUCAGGUAACAAGAUUUUCACUUUGUUCUCUGUUUCAGAGUUUGAUUUCAUUAUAACUCAAAAUUUAUAACAGGAACAGAAUCUUAGGAGGUAAGCAGGCUGGCAAGGAUAUAAUUGGGAUCAGAAACAGCCGAAAACUCUAUCUCAGGCGGAAAGCAGUCUUGGGGGUGUGGCUAUGCUUGGGAAGUAAGUGAUUGUGGGUGUGGUUGAGCACAACACUAGAGCAACAUCACUUCGGCGGCAGCCUACAGAACCACCAAGCAAGUUUAAGUUUGAAGAUGUCACUACUUCCUCUUUGGAUUUUUGCUCUAAAAGCCUUGAGUUCUGCAAUUUUGAAACACUGGGACAACGUGCAGGGUCUAGAGGAACCAUUAACGAGCCUUUAAUUCCUGCACUCAGUACUGACUAUUUAUUUGCUCAUGGAACUAUUAAUGGGGGAGAUUUGUUUUAUAUUUGUUUUCCUUUAAUCUCUGUACUCAAUAUUGACUAUUUGCUCAAAACUAGAUGUUAUUGGCUGGUUACUUGCAAUGGAGACACCACUAAGCAAACGUUAACACUAUUAAACGAAAGGUAAUCUA